GAACUGGUGUGGCUGUCGUUGGAAGCAUCAAGGAGGACGGCCCCGGUGAAGCCUCAAAGCCCUGGGCUUGGAGCGGGCACAGUCUGCUGCAAGAUGUGGCCGAUGCCGAUCACUUCCUGCCACGAACUCUUCCUCGAUGCGUUCUUGCGCUUUCUCAGGUGCUGGCUGCAUUCCUAUGCACGGCGGCCGCAUGCAGUCGGCAG